CGUCCGGGCUCCUUCCGCCCCGCCGGCAGCGCCUCCCGGCAGCGGGGGCGGGCCGGGUCUGAGCGGCCGCCAUGGUGGGCCCGGGUCCGGGCGGCGGGGCGCCGCUGGAGAACGCCAACCCCCUCAUCUACCGCCGCUCGGGGGAGCGGCCGGUGACGGCGCGGGAGGAGGACGACGAGCUGCCCGACACCAUCGACGACCGGGAGAUUUUCGAUCUCAUUCGCUCCAUUAACGACCCCGAGCACCCCCUCACCCUGGAGGAGCUGAACGUCGUCGAGCAAGUGCGAGUGAAAGUGAAUGACGCCGAGAGCACGGUGGCCGUGGAGUUCACACCCACCAUCCCGCACUGCAGCAUGGCGACCUUAAUCGGCCUCUCCAUAAAGGUGAAACUGCUCAGGUCUCUGCCCGAGAGAUUCAAGUUGGAUGUUCAUAUAACACCAGGAACACAUGCCUCUGAGCAUGCAGUUAAUAAACAGCUUGCUGAUAAAGAACGUGUAGCAGCUGCUUUGGAAAACUCUCACUUACUGGAAGUGGUGAAUCAGUGUUUGUCUGCUCGGUCAUAAUUGCCUGAUGGGGAAAUCGUUAGUGUUCUGUUAUAUUAAACUAAUUUUGUAUAUAAGUGGUGAUGCUAGUGUUACACUAUACGUACAUCUAUAAGCAAAAUAAAAUCACUUGGAUUUUC